ACUAAAUAAUUUAUUAAAUCUUUUACAUGUUAUCGUCGAACGUACCAUUGCGUGUAACUUAUAUUAAAAUAUUCAGCAUCCACUUGCACGUGAUUUAUGUAUAUUUUAUUACCAAAAGGACCGGCGAUAUUAUGUUCAUGCUCAUUUGAUGUCAAGUGAGAUUGCCGAGGUAUUAAAUAUUUUUAUCAUUUCGAAAGCAAUUUCGAAAAUUAUUCAAGCGAAAACGAGGAACGCCUCUCAGAAAAGGAAUAAACCUUAAAGGAUGCAUCGGAGAAUGAAAAGAACUGUCUCGCCGAAUCAAGAGAAUCCUUUGCCGAUAAUCUGUCUCGAGGAAAUUGUCUCCGAUGCCAUUACGAAAAGUCUCGCUAAGGUAAAGGACGUGGGUGAAUUAAAAACGACCACUGUUCAAUUGGGAACUGAAAAAAUGCGUGCCAAGACAGCUCUUGGAAAAUACUUGGUCGAUUUUGCGCAUAACUCGACCAUUCAUGGCUUGAACCAUAUAGUAGCCCGUCGAAGACACCCUGUAGAAAGAUUUCUAGCUGGUCUUUUCGUCGCUGGGGCUUUAAUCUGCUUGGCACUGUUGUCGUGGACAUUUUGGAAUAGAUAUCAAUAUGAAGCAACUAGCAUUACACUAAAUCAUGACUAUAGAAAUUUCCAAAUUCCAAGUCCAUCUGUCAUCGUAUGUCCCAUCAGUCAAAUUGAUAACAAAAAAUUUCCAGCAGUUUUCAAAAAGCAAGCACAGCCAAAUAAUAUAUUAAUAUUACUUUACACUUUCAAUUAUUCACUACGAAUUAUUAUACUAAAAUAUCAUCUUCCCAGAUACGAUAUACAAGACACUCCAAAAGCAAGAGAAUUCUUUACGUUCAUUUCAAAUGUCACUUACGAUACAAUGAUUAAUGUCAUGAAUUACGAAGAAGUACCAUCGUCACUCUGGUUAGAAAUACUUCAUGACUUGUGGACAGAUGUUCAAAUCUAUCCAAGUUUCGGACGAAGAGAAUUCACUGAAACGAUUGAUAACAUUGUUACAGAAGUGGGAAUAUGCAAAGCUUUCGCGAAUCCCACUGGAAUAUACUCCACUAUGCAGUACUGGCGAACUAACAAUUGGACGACCUUUCCAAUCGAUAUAGAGACGUUACCGUCAGUCAAUUAUGAAACUCGUACAGUUCCUAAAAACUAUUUAAUUAAAGGACUCGACGCCAAAGUUGCACUGUUCUAUCCGGCCAAUGUUAUGUAUUAUGGCGGUGAAAUGUUUCACAUUAGCGGUACGCGAAAAGUAAGCGUGUCUGUCGAAGUUCAAGAAAUCAUGACACACGAUGAGCUUAAGUUUUUGCCUCAAUAUCAAAGGCAUUGUGGUUUUCCUGAAGACGGCGGAUUAACUAUGUGGCCAAUUUAUUCUCGUGCAAUGUGCUUCUUUGAAUACAAAAUGAAAAGGAUUCGACAGUUUUGCAAUUGCCUUCCGCAUUUUGCUAGACCUAUGCCCAAUGUUCCCAUUUGUAAUGCUGAACAACUUCGAUGUAUAGGAGAAAAUGUAGCGAAUGUUGUAAAUAAUGACUUGAAGAAUUUACAAUAUAGUAAUUGCAUUCAAGACUGUGAUAUGGUUAGAUAUACCCUACUAAGCUUUUCGUCGGUAGAAAUGGGCCCUAUAGCUAUGGGCAAAACUGACAUAAGUAUUACUUUAAAUUUUCCAUACGAUAUACAGUACCGGAUUCUUCAUUUCGGAUUAACUGACUUUCUAGGUAAGAAAGAUAAAUAUUAUUAUAUUGAAAUAAUUAUACUACACACGAAAUACUUCAUAGCUGCUGUGGGCGGUGCAGCAGGGUUAUUUGUUGGAGCCAGCAUAAUAUCUUUCAUCGAAAUAUUUUACUAUGCAACUCUACGAUUGUUUUGGUAUAUAGUGAAACUUAACCAACAAAAAAGAAAACGUGUGCCAUAAAAAAAUACGAAGAUAAAAAAUCAAAUAUACUGAAUGACUGCAAUAAUAUAUAACACAUGAGCGGUAUGUUUAACAAAUGUAGUAUGUAUGUUGAUAUGUGGCGAAAAAUUAGAACAAACAAAAGUGAUUUCGGAAUAAUACACCAACUAUCAUGAUUGCUUUGAAACUCAACCGCAAAUAUAAAGGCAGCAUACGGUGGCGCUCUAUGCAUUUAGCGUCGUGAAAGAUCUGAUAUUUCUUCAAUAGUAUUUUACUCCGCUAAUCCACUGAUCUUUAUUUAAAUUGCACCCAUUUGAGAUAAGUAAUAUAACUUCUGGCGUUUGUUCAUCGUUGCCAAAGUUUUUAUCUGCAGUGCUCAAUAACUUCGAUGCAAACGAUAACGUUUGGUAAAUACCACAGUGAUUUCGAAGAAGAACAUCAGCAGAUGUCUCAAUUGCAUUCCAAGCUGCAAUAACGUUACCUAUCGCGUGGUAAACUUCAAUUUCACGUCGUAGUAAAUUUUUCAAUUAGCUGCUAUAGUGCAAUAGUAAUAAUAUGAAUGUUGAAUUCCAUUUAAUUUUUAAUUUGAUCUUAUAUACAUUAAAACAUUUAUUACGAACAAAUAACACUUGUUUUCAUAUUUGCGUUUAGUACUGAAACCACUUUUAUUUAUUAUUUAUGGUCCUAUCUUGAUA